GCCAAGGUUUAGCGUCAAAGUCAAAACUCUUGAAGCAGUUUUACUGAUCAUUUCCCAUUAUCAACAGAGACCCUUUAUCAACUAUUAUGGCUCGAUCUUUUUACUCUAUGAAGCCAGCACACCCUUUCUCAACGUUAAUUGGUUCAUGGACAAGCUGGGCUGGAUGGGCAGUAAGCUUCAAUUGAUCAACGGCGUCAUGUUGAUUUCGGUGUUCUUCAUGGCACGGAUCGUAUUUGGCUUAUCGAUGUCCUACUAUCUUUGGGUGGAGAUUUAUGCCGUCAGGGAAAUGGUGCCCUGGAGCUAUUUCGUAAUCUACGGUGUCGCCAAUGUAGUGACAAGUCUACUCAAUAUCUACUGGUUCGGCUUGAUGCUUCGCAUGCUUCGUAAACGAUUCCCCUCUUCCAAUACCAAGAAGGCAUAAGCACCUCUAUCCGAAAUCCCACUCAAAUUUUUGUUUUCACACACACACACACACCGCAUCAUACACGCACGCACAGAAUCAAACAACAAACAACAACAACAACAACUGCAACUACAACAGCUACUACUACUACCAC